AUGGGCAGCGCCGGCAAGAUGGUGCGCACGGCGCUGCACGCCUUCUUCCGGCACUACCACCCGGCGUCCUCGGUGGCGUCGCUCCUGGCGCUGCCGUUCUCCGCCGCCGCGCUGCUCUCGCGCUCCCACCCGGCGCUGCUCGCGCCGUCGCGCUCCCUCUCGCGCCGCCUCCGCCGCGUCCUCGUCGCCGCGGGGUUCCCGCCGGCGUCCCAGCUGCUCUUCCUCCUCAGCCACCGCCUCUCCCAGCGCGCCUGCGCGUUCCUCGCCGCGCUGCCGUUCUCGCUCUCGUUCCUGCUCCUCGCCAAGGCCUGCGCCGUGCAUUGCUGCUGCUCGACGCCGCCGCCGCCGCAGCAGCGGCGCCGGCGCGAGCGGCCGUCGGACGCCGUCGUCCAGGCAGUGCGAGCGUCGUACCCGGCGAUGGUGCGGACGCAGCUCGUGAACUGCCUCGCGCUGCUGCUCGCCAACGCGGGCGUCUUCGCCGCGCUGCUCGCCGCGUUCAAUGCCGCCGAGGCGCUGCACGUGCUGGGCGCUCCCUCCGGCACCGACCGCGGCGGCGGCGGCAGGGCCGUGCUCGCGCUCUCGGCGGCCGGCGUGAUCGUCUACUCGGUGGCGCUGGCCAACGCGUCAGUGGUGUGCAACCUGGCCACGGUCGUCGCGGCCGCCGAGGGCCGGGGCGGCGCGCAUGCCAUGCUCAAGGCGCUCCUGAUGCUGCUCCGUGCCGGCGACGCCGCCACCGCCGUCGCCGCGUCCCUGCCGGCCAGCCUCGCCGCCGCCGCCAUCGAGGCGCUGUUCCAGCUCAGGGUGAUGCGGCCGUACACGCUCACCGGCAAGGUGACGCCGGGGAUGCUCUGCGAGGGCCUCCUCGUCGCCUACAUCCACGCGAUGAUCUGUGUCCUCGACACGGUCAUCACCGGCAUGGUCUACCGAACCUGCAAGGCCAGCCAUUCUUGCCACCUCUUGGAGCUGGAGCUGGAUGGCAAGGAGGACUUGAGAGUCUGA